AUGAGUGACCAAAAGGAAGUGUAUGGAGUGGACUUGCGUGUGGGGUCCGAGUCCAGGAAGAGCCCUCUCUGUCUUUUCCUUUUACUCUGCAUAGCAACCCAUAAAGAAGAACAGAAAUCAGAAAUGGUUAUCACAACCUUCAACGGAGCUGGCGUUGGAUUUGGUAUGCCAUUGAACUUAUUGGGUCUUGGUGCAGGUGGAGGCUGUGGCGUUGGAGUAGGACUUGGUUGGGGGUUUGGUACUGCAUUUGGUAGCAAGUAUCGGUCCUCACGGAUUACAUUUCAAGGAGUGCAAUUUGACAGCAAGGAGACAGUAAACAGCAAGGAGAUCUCAAAAUCAAGUAUAGAAGCUGGAGGUGCACGAUAG